AUGGCUCGCCUUAACCGAGAAGAUCGAAAUUUUACAGGAUCGCUGCCAGAUUUAAAAGCCUCUGUUAAGGCUACCGAACACCAAACGAAAGUGAUCGACAGAAAAAUAUUUAUUGUUGAAACACAUUUUCCCAAGGUGGCAGCGAUGCUUCAACGCUACGCAGUAGGAACAGCCAAAUUACGAAACAAGGGCGACGAGCUGGCCAAAACAAUAGCGACCUAUGCGGAAGAAGAAUCUCCUUCAUUGAAGCAAGCCCUUACAACUAUGUCUGAAUGUUUGUCCGCCAUUCAGGAUCAACGAGACGCAGAGGUUAGUAAAAUAGAAGAGAAACUCGUUCAAGGACUCAGCGUGUACGACACGAAAUGCAAGCAGGCUAGGAACGACGUGAGGGUUAGUUCGUCUCUGUCUACAAGGGAGGUGAAGUCAUUCGAGAACCUCGAAAAAGCGCAGAUGAAAUCCACUGAUCGAACGCGGAUCGCCAGGGCUCAGGCUGAAUUUCAGAAGGCGUCUGGCGAAGCGAACCGAUCACUGAGGGUUUUACGCGAGCAGAUGAACGAGUUCGAAAGUCAAAAAAUGCGGGACGUGAAGCAGAUUUUCUCGGGGUUUGUGGUGUGCGAGAUGGAGCUGUUAGCCCGGUCAAUGGAGCUGUAUACCCGCGCGUAUCAAGGUUUGAUGAAUAUUAUCGAAGAGGAAGAUUUAGAGGAGUUUAACAAAUCCAUGACUUUAAAGCCAACCCAGUGGGGUUCAGCACCAGCUCUGUCUAAUGCCGGAAGAUAUGUAAAUCCAGGAAAUGGUAGAGAAAAUGUUUUGGAAGAAGUUGAGGACGAAAGCGACGAACUCAAUCGUACAAUGUAAACACUGAGAUUCAACGGUUCGAAGAAAAUUUCCAUUUAACUGCGCAUAAAUUAACCUUAAAGAUAUGACUUCAAAAGAUACACGUUGCCAUAUGAAGAAAAAAAUAUAAUUCAUGAUCAUAGGUUUUACUCAGAAAAAGGAGAGUACACUUAUUCUUUGGUAGAAACUUUUGGAUUAUAUUGAAUAGAACGAUGCUAUGCUGUAAAAUUAUUUACACCUCGAAAAAAGGAAAAUGAUACGCUAAAAGAAAAGUUAAUAUAAACGACCGAAUUAUUUAUACAAGGAGCAACUAUUGGAACAAGAAAAGAAAAGUUAGCUUUACGCAAUCGUGAAGAAACAGCGAAAGUUUCUAGAAGAAAUAUUUAUUUGUUGUAAGUAUCAUUAUGGAAUCUUUCAAAGACAAAGAACAGGAAAUAACGAUAUGGAGGAGUUAUAACCACUUUUGCCUUUUGAAGUCAUAUAAAUAACGGCGCCAGCGGUACACCGAGAAGGAGGGAAAUUUUCGCGCGCUCUCGCGCAACUGCGACUCACUCACUUGUCCGACUAACUAUAAGGUGAGAGUGAUGAGGCCCAAGCCGAAAUUUUUGCGCUCCCUUUUUCUAAGCUUAAAUCGAGAAAUUUCUUAGGCCUUUUAUCCAAACUGCACGACAAUUUCUUCCAGCUUGCUCAAUCAUAGGACAUAAUAGUAUCACAUCCUAUUUAGCUUGGGUGUCAGGUAUCGGUUGUCGGGCCGUCACCUCAGAUUGUUUGUUCAGAGAAAUAUAGGAAUUCACGCCAAUACACUACCACCACCCUACUGAGGAUUAUUUUGCCCUUCAUCUCACCAAGUAACACGGCAAAAAUAAAGAUUUUAGGGCAAAAGUGGCCGGGAGGGAACAAUUUUUCUUAUUAAAUCCCUCAAUGGCUCACACUUUGUUUCCUUACCUACAAUAUAAAAAUAGAAGUACACAUACAAGAAAACGUACACACACAACUACAAUAUAAAAUUAAAUACAACGAAAUUAUGGUCAAACCCCUAUUAAGAGGUCAUUUAACUCUCCCCAAGUGGAGCGGCCACUUGAUCAGUUUGGCGAUUUACACUGACAGCAGGAUAAAAGCAAAAAUUUAAAACUGAUUACAAGUUUUACGCUCAUUAAAUUUACAAAAACCCUCUUCUUAGCCAGAGAGUGGAGUGUAAAAGCUUCUUCAAUAUCUUUCCUCUUUUCCUCUAACUUUUUCGUACAAAAGGGAAAAAAAUUAUAUUUGAAAUUCGCCGAUUGGUUCUUGGUAGUUCUUUCUGUAAAAAACUGUUACCAUGGAGAGUACUUGAAAAGCUUGUGAACUGAAAGCACGAGAUGUUUUUUCACGCGCUAUUUUUUAGUGAUUAAAACCACAACUCAAGGGAACAAAACAGUCAGAAAAAUGGAUAUACAGCUCAGUACAAAGGAAAACUAACAUUUUCAUUAUCAACGAAAUCAGUAUGCUGUAAAUAAUUAAUGAAAGUGAUAUCUAAUAAAAGAAACAGUAGCCUAUCAUUUUCCACGGGCGAACUGUAAGGCAAGAUGCUUUAGUAACGGGUCAUUACAAACAACGUUCCGGAAAUAUACUUCAGCCCUCAGUUCUUACGUUCGAUCAAAAAUUUGAAUCUUGCCCUCCCCGUUCACGGUUUGUAUAUCAACUUCGGCCUAAAUUUUAAAAGUUUUCCAUCUGCAAUUCUUGUUUGUUUUAUUUAUCCUUUGCCGGCGUUGAUCCGUGUUGGGGUUUUAUUAUCUCUCUAGUGUUUUCAUAAUUUUAUCUGAAAUUUUAAGUAUUACUUAAAUAGUUUGGCUAUUGGAAAAAAGGAUACCCGGAUUAUCAUGACGUAUUAUGCAACUUUCUCUCUACAGUCUCACAAAAUUUUGCUAAAACUAAAAUGGAUCCAGAAACUUUGGCGGUUAGUUUCGACCCAGAUACAGCAAAUAGCAUGGACGAUAUUGACAAAGAAAUUUUGCAGCUGGCUUUGAAACAAGUGGAGAAAACUUUGCAAGAACUUGGUGUAAGAGUAUCACAAGGAUACAAGCUUGGAUAUGAACUGGGGUACAUCAAAGGAGUAUUAGAACACGUUCUGAAGACAGUACCAGAGUCAGAGGAUAAGGAGGCUUACAUGAAUGGGUACGUGAAUGGUUAUCUGCAAGGAAUGCUUCAUUCUUUCAAGCAAGGAGAACUUCAGCGUGGAAAUUGUUCUGAUAAUAACCGUCACUAG